AUGAAUCAAUUGUUGCGCGGUCGAGUUGCGGCCACUCAAAUCAUCAUAAGUGGUGUCUUGAGGAUGCAGCUGCAAAGAGUUCCAAGAUUGCCAUCUCCUCGUCUCUUCGCAGUCCUCGCAAAAGAAGUGCCCCCAUUUGUGGAUGUUGUCGAAACAAGGGCCGAAAAAUCUUCAGUGCCGGUAGAAGAGAAAACACCAGAGAAGGUGGUGGUGGAAUCAUGUGGCGAUGUGUCAGAAGAGGAUGAUGAUGAUGAAAUGGAGCAGGAGGAGAUGUUUGUGGAUCCACACGAAUCAUUUGAACAUCGAGGAAGGGAGUGGGGUGGUCCCCGCCGUGGUGGACGGCUUCCUGAACCUACCAGAUUUGGUGAUUGGGAGCGAAAAGGACGCUGUACAGACUUCUAA